AUGGAAAUUUCUGCAGAAUUAGUGCCAGGUAUUUCACACAGUAUCAAACUAAAGCUUGAGUAUGCUAGCAAUGCAGAAGAUUUGAAAGAUCUUUGGAGUUUCGUUAACAAGUUGAUGAAACGAAUUGAUCAACUCGAGAAGAAACAACCACAACUUAAGAGAGUAAGAAUUCCAUUAUUGGACAGGAUUCAAUUGAAUAAUUCAACACCAACUUAUCAAAUUCCAAUUCAAGUUCCCAAAAAUUCUGUUUCUGUCAUUUUGAGAUGUAAAAGUUUUAUUGGAAACUCUUCAGGACAUUCGUAUUUGACAUUCGAAGCUCAACAACAAGCAAAUUCCAAUGGUAUUCUCACCGUUGACAAAUAUCAUUUCGAUUGGUAUUACAACAAUACUGUGGAAGAAUUUAUAAUGCCUUGGAAUGGUCAAUCUGAGAAUCAAACAUUGGAAAUUAGAGUUAAAUCAUCUCUCUCUGAUGGGAAUUACAAUGGAGAAAAUCAAAAUUAUUUUACCAUUUCCAUUGAAGGUUUUAUGGAAUUUUAA